AUGGAUGGCAUUGGGGAUGGCGCGAAUGGCAUGGGCUACGAUAUGCCCAUGCUUAUGAACCAACAAACUCCCAUCUUCGGCGCAUACAAUCACGAUGGCUCUCCGGUCACCGCUGCUCUUCCGAAUCCCACCUUUCACGAUGAAUCGUCGCUGGGCCUUGGGGAUGAUACAAACGACGCCAAACGGAGGCGAAUUGCGAGGGCUUGUGAUAUGUGCCGGAAGAAGAAAAUUAAAUGCGACGGCAAGAUGCCUAAAUGCUCCCACUGCAUCAACUACAAAACGGACUGUGUGUUCACUCAAGUUGAAAAGAAGCGGAAUCCACCUAAAGGUGCCAAAUACAUUGAAGGCUUGGAAAACCGGCUAGGAAGGAUGGAGUCCCUACUUCGUCUCUCCGGCCUGCUUUCUGAAGAUGAUGGGAAGACGGAUCUUGGAACUCUGGAAAAACGACUAGCCGAUCGAUCUAUGUCAACUGGCGGGUUCAAUAAUAACAAUAAUAAUAAUGCCACCAACAGCCCGACGAGAUUCAAUAUGCCCUCUAACACCCAAUCUCAGCCGGCUAGCACAUCGCGACAUUCGACACCAAGGAUGGAUUCCCAAUCUAGCCCACGGACGGCGGCUACAUCACCUGAUUCGCAGAAGGAGUCUGAAAACGAGGUUGAAGGAUUGUCAGAUAUGAUGUGCUCCCUGGUGACGAACAACUGCGGUGAGACGCGUUAUAUUGGGUCCUCGUCAGGUUUUUCGAUAUUCUCACCCAAAGGUAUUCAGUGGGUGAACGAGAAGACAGGGGACACAUCCUUCCAAGACAUGAUUUCAUCAGCCUACAUCGAUGAUAACAAAUGGAUGUACUGGAAACCGGAGAUUUUUAGCGACAUUUUUGCCCGCCGCGUGUUCAAACCCUUGCCGCCCAAGGAGGAGGCAUUAUCACUUUUCCGAGACUUUUUCGACAACUUCAAUUGCAUGUUUCCACUUUUUCACGAGCCGACGUUUAUGCACCUGGUUGAAAAGCAAUAUUCCCGAGAUCCUUAUGAAGGUUCCGGCUGGUGGGCGAGUAUCAACGUGGUGCUUGCUAUCUCACACCGCUUACGUGUGAUGAGCAACCUCGUCCCUCAAGAAGAAGACAAAAAAGCAUGGCUGUAUCUGAAAAAUGCUAUGGGUGUACUAACGGAACUGACAAUGCGAAAUACGGACUUGUUGAGUGUGCAAGCUCUUUUAGGCAUGUCGCUUUUCCUCCAAGGAACCCCGAACCCACAGCCGUCGUUCUUCUUAGUCGCUGCGGCCAUCAGGUUGUCCCACAGCAUCGGACUCCAUAAACGUGGGUCCGGUUUUGGGCUGAACCCCGUAGAAGCAGAGCAACGGAAGAGAGUGUUCUGGAUUGCUUAUAUGUUAGACAAAGACAUCUGUCUUCGUUCUGGACGUCCGCCUGUUCAAGAUGAUGAUGAUAUGAACGUCGAGCUCCCAAGUGACGACCCCCCGGACAAUAUUGGCAAUGUUCCAUUGUUCGAUGGAAAAGGAAAGUUUAACAUGUUUCGCAUUCUUUGUGAGUUUUCUAUCAUCGAAAGCAAGGUAUAUAAACGUCUAUACUCGGCCCGAGCUUCAAGACAGUCCGAUGGUGAGCUCUUGAAUACCAUUGGCGAGCUUGAUAGAGAACUCGAGGAAUGGAAGGACAGUAUUCCCAUAGAUUUCAGGCCCGAGCAUGAAAUCAAGGCAACGCAUACACCUCUGAUCCUCCACGUUGUUGUGUUGCAUUUUGCUUAUUACAAUUGCUUGACUACAAUUCACCGGAUGUCUGUUCACCACGGAUAUUGGACUAGUCGCCUAUCCAACUAUGCUAUCCAAGGAUUGAAUGCUCGACCCUUAAAUCCGAGAGUUUUCCUAUCUGCGGUUCUAUGUGUGACCGCCGCUAGAGCAUCUAUUAACCUCAUCAAAUACAUCCCGCAAGGCGAUUUUGCGUGUGUUUGGUUGAUUCUCUACUAUCCGGUUUCGGCGUUGGUGACAUUGUUCGCAAAUAUCCUCCAGAACCCCAACGACGCGAGGGCUCGCUCAGAUGUUAAACUAAUGAACGUGGUUGUCAAUUUCCUUUCUACACUCGUGUCUGACGAGUCAAACGGAAGUAUCAAACGCAUGCUUGGGGUUUGUGGCGAGUUCGAGCGAAUUGCACAAGUAGUCCUUGAUAAAGCCGAAAAGGAUUCCCAUUCGAAGAAGAAGCGGAAGGCUGCUCCAGAUGAGCCUAGGAAUGUACAGCAAGACAUUGCUAAGGAAACAACCACAGCUUCUACCUCGAAUCCGAAUACAGCCAAUGCACCGCCCACUACUAUGCCGUUUUCGCCGCCGCAGCAAUACGGUGCCGAUUCCCAGAACGGUGGCUCCAACGUCAUGAAUGGGGUGCCAACUUUUACAUCAAGCCAAGCAAUGCCCGGGAGCAAUGGCAUUUCCAACGACAUGCCGGGGAACAUACCUACUAUGCCUAGGGUUGGCCAAGAUUUUGCGAAUAUGCUUAGUCCGAAUGCCCUGGAUGGACUAGACUUUGGAGGUCAGGCGCCUUUGACAUCUGGCGGAGACAUCCCUAUCACACCGUCUUUCCAGCAACCAUUUGUUCCACAAGACCUAUGGCAGAUGCCAAUGACAAUCGAAUGGGACUGGGCCGAUAUGUCCACGAACUUUCCAGUCUUUGAUUCGGGCCCCAGCCACUGA